ACGUUCUCCUCGCCCCUUGAUUAAAAGUGUGCAUUUACCGAUAAGCCCUUGGAAAAAAACCGGCUACCAUGAAAAAAGGGCGUGGGUGUUUUUGACUUUUGAGGUUUUGGCUAUGUUAUUUUGAAAGAAAUGGGUGAGUCCAGGGGGAAGGAUCCAAAAUCUCCCCCCAAUAGAGUUUAAGCAGAAGCAUUAAAAACAGCCGAUACUAUCAUAAUGACCAUUGUCUCUGUCUUCCCUCUCAGAUUUGAGCGGAGGUGAUCCGAUUCUGUUUCCUUGAAGACUUCUGGAGCGCACUCUUCACCCUAAUCUCCUUCACUCGAUUCAUCCGAUUUCUGUGCUUCUGGGCUGUUGAGGAGGAGUUGUCAGGUUAUCGUCUCCUUUUCCUCGUUCAAUCAGGGAUUCUCAUUUUGAAACAAUGAGUACUGGUCUAAAGAAAUCUCCUUCAAAUGGCUAUGAGAAACCUUCAACAUCUAAAGAACAGCAGGAGAAGAUUAAUGAGGUGAGAAGACUGAUAGGGCCAUUGCCAGAUAGGUUGUCUAUUUACUGUUCUGAUGCAUCAAUAGCCAGAUACUUAACGGCACGAAACUGGAAUGUCAAGAAGGCAACUAAAAUGCUGAAAGAAACUUUGAAAUGGAGAUCAGAAUACAAACCAGAAGAGAUUCGCUGGGAAGACAUUGCUCAAGAAGCAGAGACUGGAAAAAUAUACAGGGCAAAUUAUAUUGACAAACAUGGGAGAACAGUUCUUGUCAUGAAACCAAGCUGCCAGAACUCGAAGUCAACAAAAGGGCAAAUUAAAUAUUUGGUGUAUUGCAUGGAGAAUGCCAUUUUAAAUCUGCCACCCAACCAAGAGCAGAUGGUAUGGAUGAUUGACUUUCAGGGUUUCAAUUUGUCAAAUAUUUCAGUGAAGUUGACUCGGGAAACAGCCCAUGUUCUACAAGACCGUUACCCAGAACGGUUGGGUCUAGCAAUACUAUACAACCCACCCAAGUUCUUUGAACCAUUCUGGACGGUGGUAAAACCGUUUCUGGAGCCGAAGACUUGUAAAAAAGUAAAGUUUGUGUACUCUGACGAUCUCAAUGCCAAGAAGAUAAUGGAGGACCUAUUUGAUAUGGACAAGCUUGAGUCUGCAUUUGGUGGGAAUGAUACUGUGGGUUUUAAUAUUAAUAAAUAUUCUGAAAGGAUGAGAGAAGACGAUAAGAAGAUGCCAUCAUUUUGGACAAAAGAUAGUCAUCCUUCAGGAGCCGCCCUGCAACCAGCCCUGGCAAAUGACCCCACUUUGACUCCUAUCAACCUACAGUCAGAUUCUGAUGCUUCAGACAAAGAGAGAGCUGAGAAUCCCCCCUCUUUGACUCAUAUUAACUUACAGUCAGAUUCUGAUGCUUCAGACAAAGAGAGAGCAGAGAAUUCCCCCUCUCAUGGUGUAAAUUCAGGAGAAGGUCCUCUAGACAACAAUGUGCUGGUGAGUGAUGAAAGCAGAAAUGGAGCGGUAGGUAUACAUUAAGUUGAGUGAAAUCAUGAACUAUGAGCCUGAUCUUGGUUAAGAUAAGGUUAUGGAUUUAGACUUUCUGACUGCUUGACAUUUAGUUAGCAACUCAAAAUCAAGAGAAUUUCUGUCAAUAAUUUUGUUGAGAUGGUGGCAAAACCUUUUGCCACCCAGAGUGAAGCAAAUGGAGUUCAAACCAGGGAUUUGUAAGGAUUACAUAUUUUUUAAGUCCUCUUCUCAUUGAGGACCUUCUCUCUAUUUUGUUUUUUAUUUUAAUUUUUUAAUUCCCUUUUAUUUUUCUUCAAUGUGACAACUUCAUGCUGAUAUAUGCAGGGUGGUUUUCCCUUUCAUCA